GCAGCACGUUCAGACGUUUUGUGUGUUUUUAUAGUUUCAAAAACAUCAGUUUCGUUGGCAAUGCGACUCGCAAAACAACAACGACGCAAACGCAUAGAAAGCAAGCAAACGACGUGCGUACAUAUUUACAUGCAUACGUCUGAGUAAAGAAAAAAUCGUACAAACAAAUUUGACGGCAUAUGCACAGAGAUCUCGAAGGCCGAAUGCGAUUUACAGACGACACAAUGACUAAUAUAUCAGCAAACACCAUAGUGCAAAAUCAGUGCGAAGCUAAAAAUUGAAAAAAAAAAAACACACAUACAACAAAAGCGACAGGAGUGAAGGAGUACUUCCAUCAGCGUGAAGGAGUACUUCCAUCUCUCAAAUGCUACCCAAUUCUGAAAAAAUAAAAUUAAAACUAUGAAAACCCCAAAUUUGGGCAGUGCAAAUAAAAAGCAGCAAUAACAUAUAUUUCUAAACCGAAAAAAUACAAGCCAGAUAAUUUAAAAAAUAAUACAAAUACAUAAAUGAUUACAUCGGAAAAAUGAGCAAAAAAUAAAAAAAUUUUCAUUCGCCUCAAAAACAAAAAACAAAACAGUUAAUAACUACCCAAAUUGAAUUUUGUAAGAGAGUGAGAGCUAAUAACGGAGUAUAAAAAACAAUUUUGAAUCAACAACAAAAAGAAGAAAAAACAAAAACAAUCGGACGCAAUUGUAAACCCAAGAAAGAAAAAAACAUAAAAAUUAACAGCUGUAAGGCUUUAUUGCCAAUACGCAGACAGUAGUAGCCUGAAGGCAUAGACGGAGCCUAUUAUUAAAAACAAAAAUGGAUUGGAAAGCUUUAUCGAGCGGUGAGAAAAGCCCGAAAAUAGAACGCUGGAAGGCAAGUCCUAUACUGGAGCCUGACAUACUACCACCCCUACCACCGCGCGCUUUUAUGCGUCAAUCAAGUUUCACCAAAAUCGGAAAUAUGCUGAACACCGCUAUAAAUAUCAAUGGCACCAAAAAAAUACCGAGUAAUGGAGAAGCGUCCUGGUGCUUCUCACAGAUAAAAGGCGCCUUAGACGAUGACGUAACCGACGCUGAUAUCAUCUCAUGUGUGGAAUUCAAUCAUGACGGUGAAUUGCUGGCAACAGGCGAUAAAGGCGGGCGUGUUGUCAUCUUUCAGCGUGAUCCUAUGUCAAAAACGGCAAUACCACGUCGCGGUGAAUAUAAUGUUUACUCGACUUUUCAAUCGCAUGAACCCGAAUUCGAUUACUUAAAGUCAUUGGAAAUAGAAGAAAAAAUUAAUAAGAUCCGAUGGCUGCGACGAAAGAAUCCUGCGCACUUCCUACUCUCAACCAACGAUAAGACGGUUAAGUUGUGGAAGGUCAGCGAACGGGAUAAAUCGUUCGAGGGCUAUAACACAAAAGAGGAGAGCGGCCUAACAAAGGAUCCGCAAAAUAUAACUGGCUUAAAAGUUCCUUCAGUUAAGCAAAUUCCCCUUAUGGUGGAAGCGUCGCCACGCCGCAACUACGCCAAUGCACACACCUAUCACAUCAAUUCAAUUAGCGUUAAUUCUGACCAAGAGACUUAUCUGUCCGCCGACGAUUUGCGAAUCAAUCUGUGGCAUCUUGAGGUGACCGAUCAAAGUUUUAAUAUAGUCGAUAUUAAGCCAGCCAAUAUGGAAGAGCUGACGGAGGUAAUUACCGCCGCCGAAUUCCAUCCAACUGAGUGCAAUGUGUUCGUAUACUCGAGCUCGAAGGGCACAAUACGUCUAUGUGAUAUGCGUUCGGCAGCGCUGUGCGAUCGGCAUAGCAAACAGUUCGAGGAGCCGGAGAAUCCAACGAACCGCAGUUUCUUUAGUGAAAUUAUAAGCUCGAUAAGCGACGUAAAGCUAAGCAACUCGGGACGUUAUAUGAUCUCUAGAGACUAUCUAAGUAUUAAGGUGUGGGAUUUGCACAUGGAAACGAAACCAAUUGAAACUUAUCCGGUUCACGAAUACUUACGCAUUAAACUCUGUUCACUGUAUGAGAAUGACUGCAUUUUCGACAAAUUCGAAUGCUGUUGGAAUGGCAAGGAUACUUCCAUAAUGACGGGCAGCUAUAAUAAUUUUUUUAGGGUGUUUGAUCGCAACUCGAAAAAGGAUGUGACAUUGGAGGCGUCACGCGACAUUAUCAAACCAAAAACGGUGCUCAAACCGCGUAAAGUUUGCACCGGUGGCAAACGAAAAAAAGACGAGAUUAGUGUCGAUUGUCUCGACUUCAAUAAGAAGAUACUGCACACCGCUUGGCAUCCGCAAGAGAAUAUUAUCGCUGUGGCGGCAACAAAUAAUCUGUUUAUAUUUCAGGAUAAGUUUUAGCUAAAACUCUCUCAUCCCCUUCAGUUCUUCUUCUUCUUCAUCACCAUUAUGGCAUCGUUAAGAAUAAUUAUUAUGAUUAACUCUAAAUUUUAUACUUAUCGCUGCUACAUUUGCUAUCACUCACUACUUGCUAUCAGUACUGUGUAAUCAGAGCAAAUAACACGAACAAAUCUGCUGCGAGCGAAGAACGAGGACGUUAGACGACGACGACGAAGAUGAAUGCAUAGGCAUUAUAGGCAUAGGCGAAGUCACAACUCAGUAUAUAAAUAUAACUCAUUAUUAGCGCUACUAAUUAACGAAACAAAAUCUCUAUUGGCAUUGUUGAUUACCGGUACAGCGUUAACACAAGUUGUAAGCCUUAGCCAAAACAACACAAAAACGUAAAGUUUUUAGUUUUAAGUUUUGCACAAAGGUUUACACAAGCGACAUAAUACUUACAGCGCUUACAACAUUAACAUAGUAGAAAGAAAAAACGGGAGGAAGCGAGAGGAGCGGGCACACAGCUGACUGCGUCAGCGAAGUGUUCGUCUGCUGUUGCGCACAACAAAAAACGCCUUAAACCAUUACUUUGUACAGUUACUUUGAUUAAAAUUCUAUAAAAAUUCCUUAAAUCAAUGUUGCCACGGCUAAAUACUUUCAGUUAAUUUUAAAAGAGAGAGUGUUUUUUAUAUAAUAUUUAUGUGAAAUCAGUAAGGAUAACAAAUAAAUAUUUAUGCAGUAAAAUAUGUUUGCUUAAUUUAAUAAAAACCGAAAUCAAUUAUCAAUAUUGAAUUAUUUUUUUGUUGAUUCGAAUACAUAAAAAUGAAAUCAGAUGGGAAAUACAUUAAACAAAAAACAAAAAAAAAAAACUAAAAAAUAAAAAAGUGAGUUUCAACAUAAGAAACUAUGUAUGUAGACCUUAAAGACAGAGGAAGCGAGAGAGCAAGAAAGCAAAAAAAAAAAAAAAACAAAAUUAAACUUUACUAUAAUAAAUACAGGCUUAGCGCAAGUUAUGUAUUUAAAAUAAAAAAUGCAAAAUUCAUACAGAAAUUUAUUACGUAAUUUAUAAAAAAAAAAAACAAUACCAUAUGUAUAUGAAGCCAUGUCAAAACGCCAAUACGCCAAUGGUCCAAAGUUGGAGGAAGAUCUUCUUUGUUUUCGCAUUAAGUGCGAACCUGGUGUUCUUGGUGACAUUUAGUAGGAGAAACUUUGUCAAAAAUUAUGCCCAUGCAUUUUCUUGCUAUUUUUGUUAGCAUUUAAAAUCAACUAAAUUACACUUAAAAUGUCGAAAAACACGUAUGUAUGUAUGUAUGUGAGUGCAUAAAUUACUUGUACUUGUACGCAAAAAGCCGAUAUCAAAGACACAGAUAUUUAAGCACAUAUUUAUAUUGAUAUUUGUACAUAUGUAUAUGUAUAAGGGUAACACUCAGACUGAGCUCGUAUUGUUGUAUACUCUGUUUUUGACAACCAUUACAAAAACAUCGCCAACAGAGUUACUGCAAUGCUUAUUAUAAAAAACCAGAACAGAAUUGAUUUAAUGUUUUUUAUUUUUGUUUUGUUUUUUUAAUCAUUGAAAAAAAAUCAGUGACUCGAGCAAGCCGAAUGUGUAUGUAUGUAUGUACCUAUUAGUCUGAGCGGGUUAAAAUGCUAUUUAAACAAUUUUCAAUAUAAAUUUAGCUUGACGUUUUUCCUUACAUUACAUUUGGAACAGUUUAUCGUUCGUAAAAUUGUAGGCCUUUUUCGCAACACCAUUUUCACCACAAAUGAAUGUCUUAUUAGCCAAGACCCAGUAGGUAGCGUGCGUAGCUUUCAAUAUUUUUGUAAAUGCCUAUUUUAUGUUCUAUUAGCUAGCGAUAUUGUGCGUGCGCCAAGCCGAGAGAAACGUGUGUGCUCUUAUACUAAUUUACUGUAUAAAAAUAUUGUUUAUUUACACUCAGUAUAAUUUAUUAGUUAUUCUUCUGCCAGUUUGUAUUUCUAUAAACAUUUUCAUUCCACAAUUAUUUGCCAAAGGAAUACAAAAACAAGUACUAUCUUUUACAAUAAUGUUGAAAAUCAUGCAUUGAGGUUAGGGAGAGAGAACGAGAACGAGAACGGCAGCAAAAGAAGUUAUAAGUUUCUAAUAAUGGUAUCGCUACUCAUCUUUUUGUUUGUUUUUGUAAACAGCUGUGCAGCAGAAUGCAGUUAAUUAAGACAAAAAAUACUUAUAAAUAUUACGUAAUGAUCAUUAUGAUGUGCUUAAAUUAUGAAAUUCUAAUUUGAUAGCAACAAUUCAAAUAUGGUACAAUACAAAUGAUAAAAGCAAAGAAAAUUAUCGAAAGCAUAAUGGCAUUUUUGUUAAAUAAACUCUUUAAACUGUAAUGUGCUAUAAAAAAUGCAAAAAUAAUUAUUAUAGUCAUGGAAGAAAGACAAAUAAAUCAACAUACUGUCAUUAUUAAUAGUUUAA